AUGGCUCCAGACAUCCGAAGUUUCUUUGGUGGCAAGCCAAGUCAAGGCGACACCGCUGCCUCGCCCGCGAAGAAAGAGGACCCAUCUGUCGCGAGGAAGAAGCGCAGCAGGAAAGUUGUGGAUGACAGCGAUGAAGAUGAUGGGCCUGCGCCCGUAAAGCCACCGACUCCCAAAGCGAAGCCCAAGAGUCAACCGAAGCACCAGGAAUCGAAAGAUGAACCUACCUCCACGUCCGACUACUUUGCCUCCAGCAAGAAGCGUGGAAGGCCAUCCAAGGCCAAGACGGCCGAAGAACCUCAGCCUGAUGACAUGAACGACAAGGCAAGCACUAAAUCGAAGAACAAAAAAACUGCCGAUGAGCUCGCCGUUAAAUCUUCUCGAGGCUCCGCCAAGAAAGACACCCCUAAGAUUGAGGAUGAGAAUCUCGGCGGUGAUGACAUCUUCGCCACCGAAUAUGGAAAGCCCGGAAGAGGAGACGAUAAUUAUGUCGCAGCAGGUGACAGCGAUGAUGACGAUGACUUUGAGGUGCUUGAAGUCAAGCCAGCAACUGCUGCACCCAAAAACCCCCAGAAGAAGCAACCUUCUCACGACGAAGACGACGAUGUAGUCAUGGAAGAUCUGCCCAAGCCUGCGCCGAAGGCAUCACGACCGGGACGUAAACGCAAGUCAGAAGCCCUUGUGGACAAGGAUGAGGAUGGCGACUACCGGAAUACCAAGAAAGCCGCGCCCAAAUCAAACGCGUCCGCAUCGCCCGUUGCCAAGAGACCAAAGGCCAGUCCCAAGAAGCAGGAUCGCCCCGAAAGCAAAGAGAUUCAAGACAUCUUUGACAGCAUUCCCAUGGUCAAACCACCGUCGCCGCCUGCGAAGUCUAUGGAUAAGAAAGCCUUCCCCUUUGGUGCACAGCGUUCCCGGUCUCCGGGGGCCGCAGGAACCAAGGAGCUGCCCAUUGGACAGCCCAACUGUCUAGCCGGGUUAUCAUUUGUUUUCACCGGUAUUCAGGAGACUCUCGGUCGAGAAGAGGGCCAAGAACUGGUGAAGAGAUAUGGCGGCAAAGUUGUGGGAGCGCCUAGCUCCAAGACUAGCUAUGUUGUCCUCGGUAGCGACGCUGGCCCCAAAAAGCUUGAGACUAUUGCAAAGCACAAGAUCAAGACGAUCAGCGAGGACGGUCUGUUCGAACUAAUUCGGCGAUUGCCCGCGAAUGGUGGCGACGGAAAGGCCGCUGAACAGUAUGAGGCCAAGAUGAAAGCUGACGAGGCAAAGGUCCGGAAGAUGGCGGCCGAGAUUGAGGAGGAAGAGAGAAACAGAAAGGCCGCUCUGCCGAAGGGACCUAGCACCACUGCCUCCGGGAAGCCUUCUGCCCCCGCAUCCAAUUUCAAUGCCGAACUCUGGACUACAAAGUAUGCGCCAACUGCCACCAGUGCUCUUUGUGGCAACAAGGCCGCGGUAGAGAAGAUCCAGACUUGGCUGCGAAACUGGCAUAGGAAUGCCAAAAUCGGGUUCAAGAAUGGCGGUAAAGACGGUUCAGGGGUGUACCGCGCAAUCAUGAUCCACGGGCCUCCGGGAAUCGGCAAAACUACGGCGGCACAUCUGGUGGCCAAGCUGGAAGGAUUUGACAUUGUGGAGACCAAUGCCAGUGAUACGAGAAGCAAGAAGCUGGUAGAGACUGGUACCUUGGGAGUGCUCGAUACGACGUCCUUGCAAGGCUAUUUUGCUGGAGCGGGCCAAGCUGUCCAGAGCGAGAAGAAAAAGCUCGUGCUAAUCAUGGACGAAGUCGAUGGGAUGUCCGCCGGUGACCGCGGGGGUGUCGGAGCUGUUGCAGCCAUUGCCAAAAAGACUAAGAUACCGCUCAUCCUGAUUUGCAACGAGCGGAGGCUCCCCAAGAUGAAGCCCUUUGACUUUGUCACCUAUGAGAUUCCGUUCAGGCGCCCGACAGCAGACCAGAUUCGGGCUCGGCUGUCCACUAUCUGUUUCCGAGAAGGCCUCAAGAUUCCGCCCCCUGUGCUCGAUAGUCUCAUUCAAGGAACGCAUGCCGAUAUCCGCCAAGUCAUCAACAUGUUAUCCACCGCAAGGCUGGAUUUGCAGAGCCUCGACUUUGACAAGGGCAAGGAGAUGUCGAAGGCGUGGGAAAAGCAUGUGAUACUGAAACCAUGGGAUAUUGUCAGCAAGAUCCUCAGCCCUCAGAUGUUCUCUCCCAGCUCCAGCGCGACGCUGAACGACAAGAUCGAGCUUUACUUUAACGACCACGAGUUCAGUUACUUGAUGCUCCAGGAGAAUUAUCUCAGAACCCAGCCCACUCUGUCCAGGGGCUACCAGGGCAAAGAAGAUAAUCUCAAGCGGCUUGAGCUGGCCGACAAUGCGGCCUCAAGUAUCAGUGAAGGGGAUCUUGUCGACCGCAUGAUUCACGGAACCCAGCAGCAAUGGAGUCUCAUGCCCACCCACGCCGCGUUCAGCUUUGUGCGGCCGGCGAGUUUCCAGUUCGGAAUGAUGAACGACAGGCCUGGCUUUACGAGUUGGUUGGGACAGAAUAGUAAACAAGGAAAAAUGUCGCGUUUUGUCAAGGAGAUCCAGGGUCAUAUGCGUCUUCGCACAUCGGGCAACCGGGAUGAGAUCCGCCAGCAGUACAUGCCUCUGGUUUGGGACAAAUUGGUUCGACGGAUGAUGGACGAGGGCAAGGAUUGCGUUGACAGUGUGAUUGAUUUCAUGGAUGCGUAUUUCCUGACCCGCGAGGAUUUCGACGCCAUGAUUGAAUUGGGGUUGGGGCCCAUGGAUGAGUCCAAGGUCAAACUGGAGACCCAGACCAAGGCCACUUUUACGCGGUUGUACAACCAACGCUCGCACCCGCUUCCCUUCAUGAAAGCCAGCAGUGUGGUUGCCCCCAAGAAGGGACCCAAGGAAAAGCCGGAUCUUGAAGAUGCUAUUGAGGAAUCGGACGAAGAGGAAGUUGUUGAGGAGGCCAAAGACGACGAGAGCGAGGAACUUGACCUGAAGAAGGAUAAGUAUGUGAGCUUGCCCAAGAAGAAGAAGGCAGCUGCCAAGGGAAAGAAGGCGAAAAAGGACGAUGAUUUCAUUGAUGACGAGGAGAAGCCCAAAAAGGGCCGCAAGGCCAAAACCAAGGCCAAGUGA